CGGCAGGCUUCCUGGACAGCUUGCCAAGGCCAUUACAAAGCAGAGCCUCAUCGCGCUGGCUGAUUUGCAUCAAUUGGGGAUUGGCCAUGGAGGUAAGUUGCGCCCAGGUUUUAACUAUUUUUUUCUCACAUCCGCAGACUAACAUACCCGCAACCUCGCCUUCACCAUGCCUUUCCUGGACAAAGUACCACAGGAGACAUUCAUAGAAACACUAGGCAAGCCAGAGAUCGGCCUGGUACAAAGGCGCGAUGGCAAUGGAGAAAGCCUGGAACCUGGAGUGCCCAAGUAUAUCGUCCAGCCUGCAGCACCUCAGACUCAGUUGUGGAGUUCUGCACAGGAGAUCAAGUUGAUUGACUUUGGGGAAUCGUUCUUACAAGAUACUGUGCCUCAGACGCUACAUACCCCUCUCGUGGUCCGAGCACCCGAAGUUAUUUUCCAGGAUUGUCUUGAUUACCGGGUUGACCUGUGGAGCAUGGGCUGUAUGAUUUUCGAGCUCUUCACGGGCCAGCCACCAUUUGAUAGCUUCAUGAUAACGCCAUCAAUUCUUAUCAGCCAAAUGCGAGAGAUGGCCACUGAUGAUCUCCCCAAGAGGUGGCAGAAGAUGGCAGAUAUGAUAUGUGAAGGCGAGAAGUUAGACGCAGAGGAUCCCGCACCUAACUUGCAGGAAUGGCUUGAAGAGGUUUAUUUCGACGGGUCUCGCACUCACGACCUCAGUAGUGAGGAUAUUGUGAGCUUGGGACAUAUUAUUUCACGGUUGUUGUGUUUCGAGCCGUCGGCGAGAGCUUCGGCGAAGGAUAUUCUUAAAGACCCGUGGCUUAGUUAAUAGCGUCCGAAUACUAUUCCACAAAGGUUCCUACAGGUCUACCAUGUCUUGCUGCCCGAGGCUAUUGCGUAUCAGCUAUCUUACCUCGUCCAGAUACCAUCAUCAGGCUCGAAAAAGACCAAAACGUCAGCAGCGACGAUGCCGGCGACGGCGACUGCGGCAACUUCGAUGAUUUCGACUUACACUAUCCGGAUUUAUUCUCAUUGAUGUGGAACAACAGCGAGGGCGGGAGCUGUGAAACCUCGAACCGUGUGGGGGAUACUCCGGGACUGUGGGGAACAGACGGAGUUCUCCCGCUCUACGCCAGUAACCGUGGAUCGUGAUUUCUCGGUAAUUGAGGAGUCAAAUUUACAAUUUGUGUGCAGUGAAGUUUAUUUUGAUAGCUUGAAUGAGAAAUUAGCCGCUGGGA